AUGUUUUCCGACAACGGCACCAACUUUGUCGGAGCACGAAAUAAACUGCAGGAUUUUCUAAAACUGCUUCGGAACAGCAAGCAUCACGACAUCGUUACCAAAGAACUGACAGAGGAGGGAAUUCAGUGGCACUUUAACCCACCUAGUGCACCCCACUUUGGAGGCUUGUGGGAAGCAGCAGUUCGUUCAGCUAAAACCCACUUAUUAAAGGUGGUUGGAGAGAAUCCCGUGUCCCCUGAAGAUAUGACGACGCUAUUAGCUCAGGUGGAAGCAUGCCUUAAUUCUCGCCCUCUCACCCCCAUGUCCGAUGAUCCCAACGAUCUGCAACCUUUAACGCCUGCACAUUUUCUGGUAGGAGAAUCACUCCAAGCAUUACCAGAACCAAAUUUGGAGGAUCUACCAACCAACCGAUUAAAUCACUGGCAGUUAAUGCAGCGAAAAUUGCAAGAUUUCUGGAGGAGGUGGCGCAGAGAAUUUUUAUGUCAACUACAGGGGAGAACUAAGCGUUGA